GGGUCGGUCGGUCGGUCGGGACGCUGAAUGGAUCCGAGGGUGGCGUGGAUCCAGCCCGAACAGACAGGACCUGCCAACGCUGUAUGGAUGCACGCCUGGGAGACCUCUCAGGGGGGGCGGACGCCCCCCAAUCACCGGCGGCUGCACCACCACAACCAGAACCAGAACCGGAACCGCUGCUGCGGGAAUCCCGCGGCUGUGGACGGGCUGAGGGAUGUGGCAGCGAGCCGGAGCAGCUGCGGCUGCAGCAGCAGCGGCCAUCGCGGCGUCAUGCACGGCUGCAUGCACGGCGGAGCCGCGCCGGGGCUGCGGGAGACGGACUCCGGGGCGGACAGCCCGCCCUCCGGCUCACUGGAGAGGACUAAUCACGGUGCACUUGGGAACUUGAACAGAAACGUGGACAGCAGCGUUGACAACAGUGUAAACCUCCAGCAGCAGCAGCAGCCCCCGGCCGCCUGCAGCCUGCAGCAGCUGUGCGGCCGGCGGCUGCAGCAGGGACCCGUGGACCACACGCACGACCACCACCCGGGCCGCAGGAAAAAUGACAACAAGGCGAGCACCUACGGGAUGAACUACUUGCUCUCGAACUGCACUAAUGGCAACUACGCCAGCAGCUGGACGCCGUGGAAGACGAGGAAGUACAGCCCCGGCGUGCUCGGACUUCACGAAGAGGUGAUGGACUUCUACAACUUCAUGUCUCCACGACCUGAGGAGGCAGCUAUGAGGCAGGAGGUGGUGAACCGGAUAGAAAUGAUCAUCAAGGAGCUGUGGCCCACUGCAGAUGUUCAGAUUUUUGGCAGCUUUAGCACAGGGCUGUAUCUUCCAACAAGUGACAUUGACCUUGUGGUUUUUGGGAAGUGGGAGCGUCCCCCGUUGCAAGAACUUGAACAAGCUCUGCGUAAACACAAUGUGGCAGAACCUUUCUCCAUAAAAGUCCUGGACAAGGCUACGGUGCCAAUCAUCAAGCUGACCGACCAGGAGACUGAGGUGAAGGUGGACAUCAGUUUUAACGUAGAGACCGGAGUCAAGGCGGCAAGCUUCAUUAAAGAUUACGUGAAGAGGUAUCCUGUGUUGCCUUACCUGAUCUUUGUACUGAAGCAGUUCCUGCUGCAGAGAGACUUAAAUGAAGUCUUCACUGGGGGCAUCAGCUCUUACAGCCUCAUCCUCAUGGUUAUCAGUUUCCUGCAGCUCCAUCCUCGUAUUGAUGCCAGAAACCUCAGUGGGAACUUGGGCGUGUUGCUGAUAGAGUUCUUUGAGCUGUACGGCCGCAAUUUCAACUAUUUGAAAACAGGGAUUCGCAUCACAAACAGAGGUGCAUAUGUAGCCAAAGAGGAGAUUAUGAAGGCCAUGCCCAACGGAUACAGGCCAUCCAUGCUCUGCAUAGAGGAUCCACUACUUCAAGGUAAUGAUGUGGGGAGGGGCUCCUACGGUGCCAUGCACGUCAAGCAGGUGUUUGACUACGCCUACACUGUCCUGAGUCAUGCUGUGUCGCCACUUGCACGAUCGUAUCCCAACAAAGACUGUGAAAGCACGUUGGGGAGGAUCAUCAGGUUGACCCAGGAAGUGAUCGACUACAGGGAAUGGAUCAUUAAGAAGUGGGGCGGCAGGGAUUCAGUGCGAACGGACAACAGAGUGUCGCCUCCUAAAGAGCUGGUGACGGAGCAGGAGUCGUGUGUACUAACGGGUACCGUGGGUUCAGAAGAGCAGCAAAGGGACUCGGCGUCACCCCACAGCGCAGACUCUCCCAUGUCCAUCUCCAGCCCCCAGCAGCACUCGUCAGCCUCAUCAGUCUCCUCACUGUCUGGAUCUGACAACGACUCUGAUUCGGCGUUGCCAUGUCCUCCCCCUCAACAACCCCUGCCGGCGUACCCGUCGUUCCCGCCGCUCGGCCUGGCGUUGCACCCGGGCCUCAACAUGGGCACUGGGAAGCACGGCCUGGGGGGACACCACCUGCUCCUCCCUUCACAGGCCCGUGUCUCACUCCCCGGCGGUCUAGCAAUGCACUCUAUACCUGGCAGACAGGUGUGUAUGGAUACUGGGCUCUCCCCGUUCUUCCACAUGCCCCCCCCAGCCCAUGCUCAUGCUCAUGCCCCCGCCCCCUCCAGCCCCCAGCCUCUGCCCAGCCCCCACUCCAGCCACAUACACAAGAAUGGUGUAAAGUUCAACGUGAAGGGCUUCCACAACCCACCCCUGGUCAACAACGCUGCUCUGGUUAAUCGCGGACACACACACACGCACACACAGUACCAUCGUAACUCGUGGCGACGCAGAAAGAGGGACAGCCUGCCAGUGAGCCUCAGCAGAUAGGAAACCCCCCCCCCCCCCUUCCUCUGGCUAUAAACCCUGGCUCUCUGUCCGUGGAAGGAGGUCGGGGAUGAAGACCAGAGACCAGCAGGACCAGCAGUUUUCACUAGUGGGGGCUGCUGCCGUGACACGGAGCAGCAGCCCUCAACUCUACAUCUUCCUCCUACUAUCUUUGCCUUUCUAUUCUUGCAUGUUUUUUUUUUUUUUUUUUUUUUUUUUUUUCACCCACAAGUUUUGUUCUUUCGGUAUCGUUUUCCACAUUUACUUUUCAGGUCUGUUGGUGUUUACCUUUUAUAUUUUUUGGGAUCUGUGGUGGCAUGGCCAGCUUCAGAUGACCUCAUCUUGACCCUUGCAGCCUAGCUGCUUGAGGUUUGGUGAUUUUUGGGGGGUUUUGUUUAAUUUUUUUUUUUUUUUUUUUUUUACAGUACACUUAAAAACAAAUUUGUUAUUUUGUGCAAUACUUUUUUUUUCUUUUCUCUUUUUUGGAAUUAAAGUAAAAUGCUUAUUUAAUUUUGUGUGUGUAUAUAUAUAUAUAUAUAUA